AUGCAUUACUAAUAUGAACUGUCUUAUCAAGCUAUUUUCUUUUGUGAACAUGGAAACCACAUGCUGCCAGACAUUUCUAUCCAUGUCAUCAGAUGAAACCGAAGGCUACCCUCAUCCAAAGCGAAUUAAGAUAGAAAAUAGUAGGAAAAGGAUAGAGAAAUGGGAGCAACAUCAGUUAGAGCAAAGAACAUUAUGUGUGGGUGAACAUACAUACUCAUCAAAUGAACCUAUAUAUGUAUCAGAAGGAUCAUAUAAUUUAAGUCAACAUGCUUGGAGAUUAGAAAAGGAAAGCAGUGAUACCGAAAAGAAAAGUAAGACAAGUCAGUUUACAUAUUUUAAACCUUGGAUUAAUGACAAAUUGAAAUGCAGACUCUUAGAAAAUAAACUGUUCACUAAGUCAUGGAAUCCUGAGAAUGCAGACCAUAAUAUUUUAAAAGAUGACACUUUAUUGAAUGAAUGUGGACAACUUUCUAGCGCAAGCUUAUACAACAUAUGGAAUAUUAACAAAAAAUGGAAAAGUCUAUGUGAAAUAAAGUCAUUCCAGGGAGAGCCGAGCACAAAUAUAGACAAAAAUAAUAACAAGAACAGUGAUAAUGAACUCAAAGGGAAUGCUUCAGUUUCAUCUUUAAACACAACCUUGUUUCAGGUGAAAAUAUCAAGUCAGAAAAUUGACACUGAUGAAAAGUUGAAAGAACACCAGUUUUUAGAUGUUCCAUUUUUAUGUAGCAUUAAUUCUGUAUACCAAGAAACAGAGAAUAAGGACAGAAACAACUGUCUGAAAAAACUGCCCACAGAGGAAAAUAAUGAGCAACUAGAUAAUAAAAGAAAAAGAAAAUCAUUUAUACUUCCUAUCUUAAACUCUUUUCAGAGUAGACAAACUUUGGAAAUCCUCCAUUCUAAAUUUUUUGUGAAUGAGAACAUACAUAAAUUUCCUAGCGUGUCAAAUACAUUAAAUAAAAAAAUUCUAUCCAGUAAUUUGAAAAUGCAAGAGAAAAACAUUAAAAAUCAAACAUAUGUAAUGCAACAUGAAAAGGUUUGCUGUUCCCAAAACAUCUCUGAGAAAGAAAAGUUGCAAAAUGAUAACAGUGCUGUGAAUGCUUCUUCUGUUUGUUCAAAAUGUAAUGAAUGUAAUCAUCAAUCUAUCAAUAACCAAGUUCCUGGGUCUUUAGCAGCAGAUGUGAAAAAAAUGCAUGUGGCUAAUUUCAGGUACAACUGUGAUAAUAUUGAGCGUGAUUUAAUGUUUGCUGAAAACAAUUUUGAGGGGAAAAAACUUAAAAAUUCAGAUAGUGGUGAAGAGCAAGAACCAGACAACCUAAGAAUUCAUACAUACAUUGGCUCUGGAAAAUCUCAAAACAACAGAUGUCGCAAGUCUAUCAAUAUUUUGAAAUGCACGUUGGGAAAAGUCAGUUGUGAGAAUGUGGAGAUAUUUAAUAUAAAAAAUACAACUAUUCCAUUGAUAACAGAAGUACUAAGGAAAGACGUUUUAAACAUAAAUUAUGAUAUGGACUAUUCUAAUUAUAAUAUGCAUGUAGAAUCAAUACUUUCUUCAACAAAAAUAAUUGACAUCAAGCCACACUUUACACAUGUUGCAACUGAAGCAAAGAAAAUCACCUAA